AUGAUGAUUUUUGUGACAGCAGUGACUGGACUUUCCCUGAAGAAAAUGAAGAUAGAAGAAGUGAAGAGUACCACUAAAACGCAGCGCAUCUCCAGUCACAGCCAUGUGAAGGGCCUGGGCUUGGAUGAUACUGGAGCUGCAAUUUCAAUUGCUGCUGGGUUAGUGGGCCAGCAAGCAGCCAGAGAGGCUGCUGGAAUCAUUGUAGACAUGAUCAAGAGUAAGAAAAUGUCAGGCAGGGCUGUCCUAUUUGCUGGACCACCUGGCACUGGGAAGACUGCGAUUGCAAUGGCCAUGGCCCAUGAGCUAGGCACUAGGGUACCAUUUUGCCCAAUGGUUGGUUCAGAAGUCUUCAGUUCAGAGAUCAAGAAAACAGAAGUUCUCAUGGAAAACUUCCGGAGGGCGAUUGGACUCCGUAUCAAGGAAGUGAAGGAGGUUUAUGAAGGGGAGGUGACAGAGCUCACUCCUGUUGAAACUGAAAACCCACUUGAAGGUGCUUUCAAGACAGUGCAGCAUGUGGUCAUUGGCCUGAAGACUGCCAAGGGCUUGAAGCAACUGAAGCUGGAUCCAUCCAUCUAUGAAUCACUGCAGAAGGAGAAAGUAGAAGUGGGAGAUGUAAUCUACAUUGAAUCGAACAGUGGAGCAGUGAAACGGAUGGGGCGAAGUGAUGCAUUUGCCACUGAGUUUGACCUUGAGGCAGAGGAGUAUGUGCCACUCCCAAAGGGAGACGUACACAAGAAGAAGGAGGUCGUGCAGGACGUGACCCUACAUGACCUAGAUGUGGCCAAUGCCCAGCCUCAAGGGGGGCAGGGUGUACUUUCCAUCAUGGGUCAGCUUCUCAAGCCAAAGAAAACUGAAAUCACAGACAAGCUGAGGAAGGAGAUCAACAGGGUGGUGAAUAAGUACAUUGACCAGGGCAUUGCUGAACUCAUUCCUGGAGUCCUGUUCAUUGAUGAAGUGCACAUGCUCGACAUAGAGUGUUUCACAUACCUCCAUCGAGCUUUGGAGAGCACCAUUGCUCCGAUUGUUGUGUUUGCCACCAAUCGGGGACGCUGUACUGUCAGAGGCACAGAAGAUGUGAUGUCACCCCAUGGAGUUCCAUCAGAUCUCUUGGACCGCCUCCUGAUAGUGAAGACCAUUCCAUAUAUGUUGGAGGAGAUGGUGGAGAUCAUUCGUAUCCGGGCACGGACAGAAGGGAUUGAAAUUGAUGAUGAUUCCUUGCGUGAACUUGGUCAAAUUGGUUCAAAGACUACACUCAGGUAUGCUGUACAGCUCCUGACACCAUGCCACCUGACAGCUAAGAUCAAUGGAAAUUCUAGCAUCAAGGCAGAUGACAUUAAAGAGGUGGCCACUCUUUUUAUGGAUGCAAAGGCAUCUGCGCAAAUGCUGGCCCGUGAAGGUGAGAAAUAUAUGAAGUGAUCUUGGCUGUGACUUUUGUUUGGUCUACAAGUACAACUUUUGAGUAAAGUUUACUUUCUUUCUACUGUGUUUCUUUCAUUCAAAGUUAAACCCAAUCAUAGC